CACCCCUGUAAUUUUUGAAGAGCUUGGCACCCGCACGGCCGCACCCUAGUCCGUCCUCACACAAACCUGCAAAUUUGCAAUCGAUUCAGAGAGUUGGAGCAGACAUGGAAAAAACGCCUGGAGGCAAGGUUUCGUUCAAGGUUAUACUCACUUCCGAUCCAAAAUUGCCUUUCAAAGUUUUCAGCGUUCCUGAGGCUGCUCCCUUCACAGCCGUUCUCAAAUUCGCAGCAGAGGAAUUCAAGGUCCCUCCCCAAACCAGCGCCAUCAUCACUAAUGAUGGAGUUGGAAUCAACCCCCAACAAAGUGCAGGAAAUGUUUUCCUCAAACAUGGAUCAGAAUUGCGUCUCAUUCCUCGUGAUAGGGUAGGUGCUGCCUAGAUAAUAGAUAUGUCAGCUGUCUUCUCACAGCUGAGAACUUCUCCAAUCAAUACAGCUUGUGUUGUGCACACAUGACAUGAGAGACAUAAAUUUGGAUAAACACAAUGUCUUCUUCUCCACUUUUUUUUAAAAUGUUCUUGGCAACUUUUAUAUAUUCCAAUGUCAAGCACAAUGUCUAUUCUAGACUAGAGAAAAAGACUACCAAAAUAUUGAAGCAUAUGGAAAGGACGAUAGACGGUAUAUCUACUCAUUAUGAUUAUUUCACGCAGAUUGAGGCUCAAUUUGGUGCACGAAAUUCAAAUUAUAGAAUCAGAAUUGGGGAUAAUAAUUCCAAUUCUUCUGUUUUGUAAGCACAUAAAUAUGUGGAAUUGGA